AUGGGAGGGACGGCUCGGGAGAGCCCGGAGCACUGCCGCUUUCUGGACGCAGAAGCAGCCAAGCCGCGGAACAAGAGCUGCCCCAGGUACCAGCUCUGUGGACUGCUCCUCGGUGUGCUGCUCCUUUCUCUUAUUCUGAUAUUUUUUGGUGUCAAAUACCUCUGGAACCCAACACCCAGAAAAGUCUAUGAUAUGGAACACACUUUCUUCAGCAAUGGUGAGAAGAAGAAGAUUGUGAUGGAGAUUGACCCCCUUGCCAGGACAGAGACCUUCACCAGCGGGAAUGGCAGCGAGGAAAUCCUGGAGAUCCAUGACUUCAAAAAUGGAAUAACCGGCAUCUUCUUUGUGGGACUUCAAAAAUGUUUCAUCAAAACUCAGACUAAAGUCCUACCUGAGACGACAGAGGCCAAGAUCCCUGAGCUUGAGGGAGAAGAAAUCACCACCACCUACUUUGAGCAGUCUGUAGUCUGGGUGCCUGGGGAAAAGCCCAUUCAGAACAAGGAAUUCCUGAAGAGCUCCAAAAUUUUUGACAUCUGCAGAAAUGUGACCAUCUUCUGGAUCCACCCCACACCAAUAGCAGCUCCUGAGCUGGCCAACCUUGAAGGGGCAGAAGAAGAAGACCCUGAACUGCUCAUAGACAACCAGAGCUGGCUGGAUGGGGGGAGUGAGCACGAGGUGGAGAAGGAUGCACAGCUGGGGCCCAAGCGCCGGGCACGACAGCUCACUGAGGAGGACCUACCCGUCAAUGACUAUUCAGAGAAUGGGCUGGAGUUCCAUCCCCUGUGGGACGAGCGAGGAUACUGCUGUGCCCAGUGCCGCCGUGCCAACCGCUACUGCCGGCGGGUCUGCGAGCCCCUCCUGGGCUACUACCCCUACCCCUACUGCUACCAGGGCGGGAGGGUCAUCUGCCGGAUCAUCAUGCCCUGCAACUGGUGGAUUGCGCGGAUGCUGGGCAGGGUGUAG